AUGAGCGCGGCAGCUUACCAGUUUGCCGCUGCUCUCGAGGGCUUCUUCUGGCCCAAGAUCUUUUGGGACUUCUUGACCAAAACGCUGGACCCAGCUGUCAAGCCCGUGCCGGUGUUACAAAUUAUCAAUCUCCUCAUGGCGCUGUUCAUGGUGGCCCUGGAGUGGCCUUUAGGAUUCAUCGCCGGCUCGGCAAUCCACCGCAGUCUCGAGUUCCGCCUCAUCAUCCUCCCUCUCACCACCCUCGCCGCCGCCCUCAUCUACCAGGGCACCAACUCUGCUCUUUACUACAUUGUCGGAUCAUUUGUGCUAAGCCCUGGACCCUUCCCCAAAGAGGCCGCAAUGGCUCUCGCGUAUAGACUGCACUCGCCCCUUCUUAGCGGCGGUUACAAUCGUCUCGACCUCGCACGGUACACUCAUCUACCUGUCAGAGAGACUCCCGUAUACCCCAUGGCGAGCAAGUCCAAGCAAACUCGGGAGAAUCGAUGA